AUACAGACAUACUCCGACUCCGGUUUGUUUCAGAUACAGAAAAAAAAUUUUAUCUAUAAAGUCUAUUUUAACAUUAUUUUGUGUAAGUUUUUCUCAAUUUGGAAUAUAUAAGUGUUUCAAGUUUUGAUUGGUGAAAAAUUUUGUGAAGAUUUCAAGUGCUUGUUUGUGUGAACUGACUAAAUUAUCUUCACUAAAAAGAUAACCUUAUUUUGCUCAGUUUUUUCUUUCUUAACUGUUAUCUUAAAUUAUUAAAUUAAGAUAUAAAACCUGUGAACUAUGGAUACAUUUGUUGUUAUUCGUGAUUAUAAACCUGGUGACGAAAAUAUGUGCUAUGAAAUUGUUAAAGAAGGAACUAUGUCUACAGUAAAUACUGCAUUUAUAAAUGGCCUGACAAGAGAAAUAACAUUUCAAUCCAUGGUUCUAUCAUCUGCACUUUUAUUCAUAUUUUUUGGACUUCCGUUUGGAUUUUGCCUGGCAUCUAUUCCAGGAGUCGUGGUUUUCAUGUACUUCUGUAUUUACUCUGGACACAAAUUCAAAGCGUUACAAAUUACCCAAGAUAUGUACAAUAUUCCUCGUGUCUACAUGUCUUCAAAGUACACAGGUUUUUGGGUUGCUGAGGCUUUUGAGCCUGCAGCAAAUUUUAAAAGUGGUCUAGUAAAAUGCACAAUUCUCAGUGAAAAAGAUUUUAACAGUAAAAAUAUUGAUACCGCAUUAUACUUCAAAAAGAUUGUUGGAACAGUUGCGAUCACAAGAAGUAAAAACAGCGAGGACUACGCAUGGCUGAGAAGAAUGGCGGUGUCAUCAUCCUACCAAAGGUUAGGCAUAGCAGCUGCCCUGCUGAAAGAAGCUUUGGACUUUUGUCAAGAUAAAUAUGUUGGAGUUGAAUUGGUAACAACUGAAUGUCACGAUGUUGCGCGGGACUUCUAUUUUAAAAAAGGGUUUGAAUUGAGGAAUAUGUUUCACAAGCGAUUGGUAGGAAAUAUUAUUACUGUUUUGAUUUAUGAACUUGUCUACAAAUUCAAGACUAAUAAGAUUCACGUAUCACCAUGAGUAGCCUCUUAGAUGCUUCCUACUGAAUAGAAGGCUGUCAUUAAGACUGAAUUAGAUUUUAGAAAUAGACGUAAUGAAUUAAGCUUACAAUAAAAAAAUCAAUAUUUACUACGCACAUAAAAAAUUUUAAUUUAUCGGUGUAAAAAAGA